GAGUUAAUGUUGGUAUCGUUCUACCUUUCUACAUGUCUCCUUCCUGCUUUAGCUAUAAAUGUGGUGCGUGCCUUUCUACUUGUAUCUGACACUUCGGGUGUAGCUCCUUCCGAAAAGCUUCCCGUCUCUUUUUCUCUCUCUCUCUCUCUUUAAUUUCCUCUCUAUUCAAACCCUCUUCGAUUCCUUUUUAUCUUUUGUAAAGUGGAACCGAAGGAAACCAGAGAAUAACAGGGGAAGGAGGAGGAGGGAAGAAUUGAAUAGAAACGCAAAUGCUCGAGGCGGUCAAGUACCUGAUUGGUUCCGCCGGUGCCAGCGGGUUUGGGUCCAGAUCCACCGGCGAGGAGGUCACGGCAGCGGCCCCUGACCUCCGCUCCAUCACAGCGAUAAUAACCGGGGCGACGUCGGGGAUCGGGGCGGAAACGGCGCGGGUUCUGGCGAUGCGGGGGGCGAGGCUGGUGCUGCCGGCGAGGAGCCUGAAGGCGGCAGAAGAGACGAGGGCGCGGAUCGCGGCGGCGUUUCCCGGUGCCGACGUCAUCGUGCUACCUCUCGACCUCAGCUCCCUCUCCUCCGUUCGAUGUUUCGUGGCUCGCUUCCUGGCUCUCCACCUCCCCCUCAACCUUCUCAUAAACAACGCGGGCAAGUUCUCCCACGAGCAUGCCGUUUCGGAGGACGGCGUCGAGAUGACCUUCGCCACCAACUACUUAGGCCAUUUCCUGCUCACCAAGCUACUGCUACCUAAGAUGGCGGAAACGGCGAGGGAGACGGGGAUCCAAGGUCGCAUCGUCAACGUCUCCUCGAGCAUCCACGGCUGGUUCUCCGGCGACUGCCUCCGUUAUCUCGAUCUGAUGACCCGCAAGAAAAUACGGUACGAUGCCACGCAAGCCUACGCGCUAUCGAAGCUUGCGAACGUCCACCACACGAAAGAGCUGACAGGGCGACUCGAGCAAAUGGACGCCGAUGUGACGGCUAACUGCGUUCAUCCCGGGAUCGUUCGCACCAGACUCACCCGCGACCGCGAAGGCCUCGUCACAGAUCUGGUCUUCUUCCUCGCGUCCAAGCUCCUCAAGACCAUCCCCCAGGCGGCUGCGACGACGUGUUACGUGGCGACGCACCCGCGCCUAGCAGGCGUGUCGGGCAAGUACUUCGCGGACUGCAACGAGGCCUCGCCGUCGUCGUUGGCGUCCAGCCCGCACGAGGCCGGGCGGCUGUGGCGCGCGUCGGAAUCCAUGACGGCCCCGCGGUUCGGCCUCGAACCGGCUUUCCCCUCCGACAGCCCAGACGAGGAGAUGUGACGCGUCGGCGAGGACGUGAGACGCAUUACGUGUGUACAUUUGACCGAGGACAGCGAACAAAAGAGCGUAGGACAGAGCAAGGAUUAAUGGCGCGGACCGAUGGGAGAGUAGGCUACGGAAGAAAGUACCGCGGAACAGAAGCGACAGCGGCAGCGUAGGUGUUGUACGUGCAUCAUAGGAUGAGCAGGCGGCCGUACAAUGCCAUUAUGAUGCAAUAGUUAGGUCCUCUGCAUCAUGGUGAGUACAUAUUAUAUAUAAGAAUAUACGAUGUAUUUAAGUGUGAUAGGUACAGACAAACAACGUAUAGUGUAGUUGAUAUGGUUUAGUUAACUGGGAAGGGAAGGUGGAUCUCCUUUCCAGUUUUGGUUGCUUUUCUGCAGGAAAUGGCCAUCUCAACUUUCGUUU